GCUUUUCCUGCUUCCGCCCCGGCGCAGCCACAGUUGCUAGAGCCGGAGAUGACCGUGGCGUACGGUGCACUGACUCCUGUUACAAGAAAGCAAAGAAGUCACCUCUUAAAUAUCUACAUUCUCUGGUUACUUUUAAACCUCUCCAGGAGACGUAUAUAGUGCUAUAGCGGUGUUUGUCUGUGGCGGAGGAUGAACACCCUUAGCACGCGUGUAAAAAGCAGGCGGACCGAGGCGAACCUCGGAGCCGAGAGGGAUCAUUUUGACAAACAGCAGCUGAGCAGCAUCAGCAAAGCCAUCAACUCCACAGAGACGCCUGUAAAGGAGAAACAUGCCAGACGAAUCAUCCUGGGCACUCACAGAGAGAAGGGAGCCUUCACUUUCUGGUCCUACGCUCUGGGCCUCCCUCUGGCCGGGAGCUCCAUCCUCAGCUGGAAGUUCUGUCAUGUGCUGCACAAAGUCCUGAGGGAUGGCCACCGCAAUGUUUUACAAGAUUGCAUGAGACAUCACAGUACUAUGGUGGAAGUAGGAAAACUCUGGGGCAACCUCCAUGAUAGAUAUGGACAGUUGGUGGCUAUGUACUCCAAGAUGCUUUGUGUAAAAAUGGAGUUUCAUGUGAAGCAUGCGGAGAUCCCACCUAACCUGGAGGUAACAGACGAGGUCCUAGAGCGCACGGCAGGCACAGACAUUAAUAAUGUGUUCCAGCUCACGGUGGAGGUGUUUGAUUACAUGGACUUAGAGCUGAGGCUGGCUGAGACAGUGAUCCGACAGCUCAAUUCGUCCAUCGCCAUCUCCUCGCUCACUUCUGGCCAGUGUCGCUUGGCUCCUCUUAUCCAGGUUAUCCAGGACUGCAGUCCCCUCUACCACUUCACUGUCAAACUACUGUUCAAGCUGCACGCCUGUCUCCCUGCCGAUACCCUGCAAGGUCAUCGCGACCGUUUCCAUGGUCAGUUCCAAAGCCUUAAGACAUUCUUCAACAAAACCAGAGACAUGCUGUACUUCAAGAGACUGAUUCAGAUCCCCAGGCUGCCUGAUUCUCCUCCUAACUUCCUGCACGCAGCUGCGCUGGCCAAACACGUGAGGCCAGUUGUGGUCAUGGCUGAUGAAGAACCCGAACAACCAGAUGAUGAUGAUGAUGACCCAGAGCCACUCAUUGAGGUCAGCGACAUCUCCACAUCCAGCAUGGUGCAGUCCCAGCCUCAGCCUGACAUAUUUGACCGUGCAUUCGGACCACCUAAUGGAAGUUUUGAUGACAGGGAUCUUCAGAUUGAGAGCCUCAAACGUGACCUGGAUUUGUUGCGAGCAGAGCUGGAGAGAGUCAAAGCUGAGGCUCAGCGCUACAUCACACAGCUCAAGUCCCAGAUCAACAGUUUGGAGGCAGAGCUGGAGGAGCAACGGGCUCAGAAACAACGUGCUCUUGUGGAGAAUGAGCAGCUACGCAUGGAGUUGGAGGCCAUGCGCCGCAGUUACGCAGAUCAUGACAUGUUACAGAACACCUUCCUAGAAGCAGAGAAAAGAGCACAGGCCACGGAGCAGCGCUACAACAAGCUAAAGGAGAAGCACACAGAGCUGGUGGGCAGUCACGCUGAAUUAUUGCGAAAGAGUGCAGACACUGUGAAGAUGCUGUCUGCAACCCAACAGACCCAGGAGGAGGUGGAGAGGACCAAACAGCAGCUGUCUUUCGAGAUUGACCGGAUAAAACAAGACUCUGACAUGAAGCUGGAAGAGCAGAAGUUUGAGAUGGAGAGGCUAAAGCGAGAGCUGGAGGAGAAGAUGGCGGAAGUGAUGCGCAUAAAAGCAACAAUGCAGACCAGUGAGCAGUCAAAAGAGCAAAUGAACAGUUCAAUGUCAGCUCUGCAGGCUGAGAAGGAGCGUCUGAUGAGAUCUGUGAGUGAGAAAGAGGCGGAGCUGUCCUCACUGCGUCAGGCUUCGCAGCAGCACCAGUCGUCGCUUGAGCUGGAGCGUGAGAAGAGCAGCAGGGAGCUGGGAGAACUGCAGGGCAAACUGCAGGAGAAGACAAGUCAGGAGGAUAAGCUGAAGCAGAAGCUCCUGGAGGAACAGUUUGCUCUGCUGCAGGGAACCAUCACCGAAGCUGAGAAUAUCAUUCAAGAUGCUGUCGCCAAGUUAGAUGAUCCUGUGCAUGUACGCUGCACCAGCUCUCCAGAUUAUCUCAUCAGUCGUGCAGAGGCCACACUUGGCUCCAUUGACAAAGUAAAGAAAGGCCAUGGAGAUUAUUUGAAGAACAUGGGGGAUGCUGGAGGCCUGCUCAGGGCGUUGACCCAGUUCUCCCACUUGGCUGCUGAUACAAUUGUUAAUGGCAGUGCCACAGCACAUAUGGCACCUACUGACCAUGCAGACCGACUGACAGAGAACUGCAGAGGAUGUGCCACUGAGAGUCUGCAUUACCUGAGGGACCUGAAGUCCAAGACCACCCUGCAGAGGGCUGACCCAGCUGCUGUUCGCGUUAUCGUUCAAAAGAUCCUGUAUUUGGGACAGGAGCUGCGUCCUAAAGGCAUGGACGUGCGUCAGGAUGAGCUGGGUGAUCUGGUCGAUAAAGAAAUGGCUGCAACAUCUGCGGCUAUUGAGGAGGCUGUCCGCAGAAUAGAUGAAAUGAUGAAUCAGACUCGAAAGGACACAUCAGGAGUUAAGCUGGAGGUCAAUGAGAGAAUUCUGAACAGCUGCACAGACCUGAUGAAGGCCAUCCGCAUGCUGAUCAUUGCAUCCACACACCUUCAAAAGGAGAUUGUAGAGGGUGGGCGGGGUGCAGCAUCCAUUAAGGAAUUCUAUGCCAAAAACUCUCGCUGGACUCAAGGACUCAUCUCUGCUGCCAAAGCUGUGGGCUGGGGGGCAACAGAGAUGGUAGAGUCAGCUGAUAAGGUGGUGCUGCACACAGGCAAAUAUGAAGAGCUGAUUGUCUGUUCUCACGAGAUUGCUGCUAGUACAGCACAGCUGGUGGCUGCUUCCAAGGUCAAGGCUGACCGCAACAGUAAGGGGCUGACAGUCCUCCAGCAGGCGUCUCGACGUGUGAAUGAAAUGGCAGCUAACGUGGUGGCUUCAACGAGGACAGGCCAGGAGCACCUGGAGGAGAAAGAUACAAUGGACUUCUCUGGAAUGUCCCUUAUCAAGCUGAAGAAAGAAGAGAUGGAGUCACAGGUGAAGGUGCUGGAGUUGGAGAGUCAUUUGGAAAACGAGCGUCUGCGUCUAGGGGAGCUUAGGAAAAAGCACUACGAGCUGGCUGUAGUUCCACUAGAGCAGCUUUCUGAGGGGAACAGUGUCUCCACUUCCUCACCAGCUCCUCUUGCGUCUAUGUCGCCCAAACCUUCCAAACCUGCUCUGAUGAAGAAACCUGCACUGGCUCAGAAACCCAACGUCCUACCCAAAAAUCCAUUCAAAUAAAGGCCUGGGCAGAAGGAACGACUGCUGCACAAAAGUUUGUUUUGACCACAGAAACGUUUCCUUUUUUGUGAACAUGUUGACAAUCUCCACUUCCUCCUCCAGCAUUUUAAUUAUUUUCCUUUUUGCCAAAAUGGGCUUAAAGCCUGAUUUGUGAUCCCAGAAGGGAUGCAUUGUCUUAAUCCCCCUUUUAAAAAAGAAAAUAAAACAUGCAUGCCAAUCAGGCAGAACCCUUUUAUUUAGGUACAUGGCGCUAGGAACAAUAGCAUUAAUUAAUAUACUUUAAUGCUAUGUGAAGUUUUUUUGAGUGUGUUUCUGGUAUUUUUGAAAUAUAGACACUGUCUUUAGAGUUACGGCCUUAACUACCACAAUCAACAGCAUAUCUUUGACACUACUCUGUUUGGAAAUUGCCUUGGAUGAACUUUUUGCACACUAUUUUGGACGCAUGUUACAGAGCACAUUUCUUUUGUUUUUUUUCCCACUAAAUGUACACAUAAAUGUUGGUCAUUUUCUUUGUGGCGGGCGUUAAGUUUGUUAGCUUCUCACAACGUCUGCAUCCAUGCUGCUGUGGAUCUUUUGACAUACCUCUGGCUUUGCCUCUUUGAUGGACAGUGUUUCGUCUGACAUGCAAAACAGCUUCUUAUGCGCAGCAGUACAAAAAUGUGUCAGAGGCCUUGGAAUGUACUGUAUUUUUGAAGAAAGUUGUACAUUGUGAAGAGAAAACUGUUCAUGGGACGGUGUGGGUUCUGCAACUGGAAUCAAUUUAAAGCAGAUCAUUACAUAUCUCAUGAAUGUCCCUUUAUGAGAAAACUACCUGGAUGUAGUUUUAUAUUUUCUAGACUUGAGUUCUUGCAUACAAAUGAGAUGUAGGUGUCCCUCAUUAUCAAAGGCCUCUUUAGUGCUGAUUAUAAGGAUUUAGGGUAAGUUGAUGAAAGACUUUAUGUCCACUUUGCCUUUGGGUGCUUUUUUUCCAACAGGGUCUUAAAAUAUAUAUCUGUGCGUGUUCUGUCAUUUUCCUCUGUAUGAAAUGUCUUUAUACCCUCAGAUCUCUUAAUAUAUUUUAGUAAAGAUGAAGGUGGUUUCUCCCUGUAAGAAGUGUACAUGUGAAACAAAUGAACAAUAAAUGUUUGAUUUUA